AUGAUGCAGAAUCUGCUGCUGGAAGAGGGAGGCCUGGUGCAAGUGGAGAGUGUCAAUCUUCAAGUUGCUACUUACUCGAAAUUUCAGCCACAAAGUCCAGAUUUUCUUGACAUCACCAAUCCCAAAGCUGUAUUAGAAAAUGCCUUGAGAAACUUUGCAUGUCUAACUACCGGGGAUGUUAUUGCCAUCAACUACAAUGAAAAGAUCUAUGAGCUCCGGGUGAUGGAGACCAAACCAGACAAAGCAGUGUCCAUCAUAGAAUGCGAUAUGAAUGUGGAUUUUGAUGCUCCUUUGGGGUACAAAGAACCAGAAAGAAGUGCACAACAUGAAGAGACCACAGAUGCUGAAGCAGACCAUAGUGGAUAUGUGAGUGACAUAGGAUUUCGUGCAUUCUCUGGCUCUGGGAACAGGUUGGAUGGCAAGAAGAAAGGUGUCGAGCCUAGUCCAUCACCGAUUAAACCAGGAGACAUUCGAAGAGGAAUACCCAACUAUGACUUCAAGAUCGGUAGAAUCACGUUCAUUAGAAACUCACGUCCGCUAGUUAAGAAAGUCGAAGAGGAUGAAUCUGGAAGCCGGUUUAUUGCCUUCUCAGGAGAAGGCCAGUCCCUGCGCAAAAAAGGAAGAAAACCCUAAGUUGGCGGUACCUUUAGUCAGUUAGGAGGAAAAUGAAACAACAGUUGCAGCA